AAAAAAUAAGCGUAGUAGCCUAACUCUCUCUGUUUUACUAUGUUAUCCGUUAGCCAGCCGCCCAAUCAAGAGGUCCAAAGGUUAAAAUCAAACGUAAGGAGCCUACGGAAGCCGGCUGGGUCAAAGCGAAGCGAAGGGGCGAGUCAGAAAACAACACCACGGUGUGAAUUCAUUUAUAUGAACUGUUUAGCUAUGCUAAAGUUAUUGUCGCCAGCAGGUUAAACUAUAUUUACUUUUCUCCGCUAUCCUCUUCAGAUAAGGGCGCCCUGCUGCCUUUGUUUGUCAGCUGUCAAACGUGAUCCAUCUUGUUGGUAACAGUUAUGAUCCGUAGAGCGGGUUAUAGAUGUCAUAACCAGUCGUGAAGCGUUAGAAAGAUGUCCGACAGCGGCGGGUUCAGAUGGACGGUGGUCGUUCUGACCUGCCAACACAAAGACAGCGUCUACUCCUUCCAGAGAGAGCUGGAGCUGCGACAGCAGCGUGGCUCUAUCUCUCAGGGUGCGUUGGUUUUAACUGUGCGGGACCGCCAGGAGCCGCUGGGCAGCGGAGGUGCAACGAUGAACGCCCUGCUGGUCGCUGCUGAACACCUGAGCAACAGAGCCGGACACACUGUGGUGACAGCUGAUGUUCUGGAUGAAGCUCACAUCCUCAUCCUCCACACGGGUCGUGACUUCCCCUGGAGCUCCUGCAGCAGAGCGUUCUGCUGGCUGCCUUCAGAGAAACCCGACCAGACCGUCCAGGCUCCGGUCUGCUGUCUGGACCUCCUGCUGGACUGCCUCAGUACCCAGAUCUGUCCUGGUUCUCCUCCCGGUGUUUGGGUCUGCAGCACCGACAUGAUCCUCAACAUCCCUGCAGACUUCUUUUUGUCCUGGGAGGGUUUCUCUGGAGUUCGGGUUGUGUCACUGCCGGGCGAUAUCUCCUACGCAGCCAAUCAUGGAGUCUACCUGUCCGACCAACAGGGUCAGGUCAGGGACAUCAUCUACAAGGGAACAAAGGAGCAGAUUCAACAGGCUGUGAUGCCUGAUGGGAAAGUGCCACUGGUGUCUGGUCCAGUCUUCUUUAGCAGGUCUGUAUCAGAGAAGUUGCUUCAGACUCACGUCUCUCCACCACUGGAUGGCUGCACCUAUCUGGGCCUGGACUCUGGAGCUCCGCCCCUCCAGAUCUCUCUGUUCCUGGAUGUGUUGAAGUGUCUCUGCUCAGAUGUGACUCAUGAUCAGUUUGUGAGUCAGGAGAGUGCCGGCUGCAGUUCGGCUGCCGGGCAACAGGGGGCAGCGGUGAGGAGCGGCAGGAUGGAACUGUGGAGGAUCCUGAGAGGAGCUCCACUCAGUUUGGUUUAUGUCCCCGAAGGCCGUUACGACUACCUGACUCUCUCCGGAAAGCAGCAUGUCGAGCGGCUGCGCUGUGAUUGGACGGACAGAAACACUCUGUCUCACAUCCAGAGAGAGAGCGAGGUGGCUGAAGGAGGUCGAGUGAUCAACAGCGUUCUGGAAGGAGGCGUGGCCGUGGCGUCCGGAGCAUUGGUGCAACACUGCCACCUGCAGGGUCCUCUGGACGUCCCGUCAGGUUGUUUACUGUCCGGUCUUGAAUUGAUGACAUCACAGUGUAUCAGGCAGCUGAAGCUGGCUGAUGACAUCAUCCUCCAGGCACAUCGUAUUGAGGUUGGGGAACUGAAGCUGAAUGUUUACACGGUUACAGGAGCGCAGGACUACCUGGAGGUCUCCUCUGAUGACAGCAGCGCCUCCUUCCUGAACCAGAGAUGGAGCCUUUUUUACAGCAGAACAGGAAUCCAGCCGGAGGAGUUGUGGGUCAGAGGAGAACAGCGCUCCCUCCUGGAGGCUCGUCUCUUCCCCGUCUUCCACCCUAGAGGAGGCGCUGUGGGUCUGGAGGGAGGUGUGGGCUGGCUGCUGGGUGGUGCCGGCUGUCUGCAGAGGUGGAGGGAGGCGUGGAGGCUCUCUUUAAAGGAUGUGAUGUCACUCACCUGCCAGGACGCGGAGCUACAGUGGAGGGAGGAGUUACUGUUCCUGGCAGGGAGGAGGAGAGUGAUGGAUACUCUGAGAAGUCGCACAGACGUCUGCCUGCUGCCUUGCUUCAGGGCUGCGGUGCUGGGAGGCCAGCAGGUGGCGCUGCUGGAGACACUGGACAGCAUUGCAGCAGGUAGCAGGGAACAGGGGGCGGAGUCAGGAUCAGAUUUGGGCGUGGCUGCUCGCUGUCUCUCCUGUAUUGCUGAUGUGUUGGUGUGCAUGGCGGGGGGGAGAGGGGGCCUGAGGAGUGGGCCUGCUGCAAACGAGGCCUGGAGCUCCGCUUACUCCCUGUUAGAGGAGGGUGACCUGAGGGGCGGGGUCAAAGCCCUGGCUACGCAGAGAGAUAAUUGGCUGAGCAGGCCGGACCUGCUGGUUCGGGCGGCGCGUCACUAUGAGGGCGCGGGACAGGUGCUCCUACGAAAAGCUGUGAUGUCAUCGCAGAGGUUCAUCUCCAUUGGCCAGGGUGAGGUCCCGCCCCUUGAGAAGUGGCAGGAAGUGGAGUGUCCGGCAAGACUGGACCUGGCAGGUGGCUGGAGUGACACGCCGCCCAUCGCCUUCGAGCACGGCGGCUCUGUGACCAAUGUUGCAGUGAAGGUUGAUGGGAAACGUCCUAUUGGUGCCAGAGCCCGUCGCAUCAGAGAGCCCCGCCUCCUGCUGGUCAGCUACACAGGAGGGCGGGACAGUGGGGUUUCCACUGAGACUGUGUGUAACAACCUGGAUGACCUGAGGGACUACUGCCAGCCUCAUGCACCAGGAGCCCUGCUGAAGGCGGUGUGUGUGUGCAGCGGUCUGGUGUCUCUCUCCUCCCAGCAUGCUCUGGGGGAUCAACUGAUGCAGCGGUGGGGAGGAGGGGUGGAGCUCCAAAGCUGGUCGCUGCUGCCCACCGGAUCUGGACUGGGUACCAGCAGUAUCCUGGCGGGGGCGCUGUUGGCUGCAAUCUACAGGUGUACCGGUCGAAGCUACGACACAGACUCCCUCAUCCACGCUGUCCUGUACCUGGAACAGAUUCUCACCACAGGUGGAGGCUGGCAGGAUCAAGUAGGAGGUCUGGUGGGCGGAGUGAAGGUGGGUCGUUCCAGAGCAUCUCUGCCUCUGACAGUAGAGGUGGAACGUCUCAGUCCUCCAGAUGAUUUUCUGGUUUCUCUGGAGAAGCACCUUCUGCUGGUGUACACCGGCAAAACCCGCCUGGCUCGAAACCUCCUGCAGGAUGUGGUUCGUAGCUGGUACAGUCGUCUGCCCUCAAUGGUCCAGAACGCCCAGCAGCUGGUGGCCAACUCAGAGGAAUGUGCCAGAGCCUGUUCAGAUGGUUCUCUGUCCAGGCUGGGCCUGUGUCUGGACCGCUCGUGGCAGCAGAAGAAGCUGAUGGCUCCUGGUUGUGAGCCGGCCUCAGUGAGGGCCAUGAUGGAGGCCCUGAGGCCGCUGGUUCUGGGUCAGAGUCUGGCCGGGGCCGGAGGCGGGGGCUUCCUCUACCUGCUGACCCGGGAGCCUCAACAGCGGCAGGCUGUGCUGCAGGUCCUCAACAACACGCCGGGCCUGGGAGACUUCAGUGCCCACUCAGUUGAGCUGGACAUGGACGGGAUUAAAGUCCUACCAACAUCCUGAGGACACACACACACACACACACACACACAUGUAUAGUAAUAUUAAUAUUGUAGAUACAGUACAGUGUCUAUAAACUACAAGUUGUGUUAUUGGAUGUCAUAUUAUCAUUGGCUUAACAGUUGUCCAUGAACAUACAGUAUAUAUGAGAGUAUUUUUUAACUAUAUUUGAAAAAUUAAAAAUGUGAACUUAUUCUUCAAGAACACUAUUACAGCUCAAAAGAAAUCACACUUUUUUCUCCAUUGCCUCCAAUAGUCAAAAGAAUAAAAACCCAUGAUGUUUACUUGAACAAUUUAUCUUCAUUAAUGAAAAAAAAACAGACAUUCAAGUGAAAAAUUAUGACUUUUGGUGAAGGAAGUUUGCUUUAUUUUGAAUGGUGCAGCUUGUUUUGUAUUUCAGCUUUAAUCAUGAAUGUAAAUGCUUGAUCAGUGUUAAUCCAUUGUCAGUGUUAGAAAGGACAUUUAACUGACACUUUAAUGUGUCCUUGUAAAGGACAAACUGGAUAAAGGUUUAAUUUAAUAAAGGAAAAUGAAAUCAUUCUAACCAGCCAGUGAAAGUGUGUGGAAAACCACAACUAAUUUGCGAUCAAUAACAUAAUUUCAACAAGUAAAUGAUCCAAACUGUAGUGUGUAGUGUCUUAAGGGUUCACACUAAUGUCAAUGUGAAGGAAUCUCUUUUUUUGUAUUUUAUGAAUCUAUUUUUGAUAUAAAGCUGUGAGAUUCUGUCCAGUAUGUGAUCAAGAGUAUUUAACUGUAUUCAGUUUAUAAAUGAACAGAAUAAAUACUCAGAACAGAACCAAAAGAUUGUUUUCGGGUGUUUUCAAGUUUGUGUCUAAAGAUAACAGGAGAAGUUAGAGCAUGAAAACAGGAGA